AUGACGCAUAAUCCAACUAGACCCCGGAGUCUAAGACAAGAUGAUGCUGAAUUAUGGUUCAGCACGCCUACAUCCGGAGUGCAGCAACAAGACCAAGUUCGUGUACAUGAAUCUUCGGCAUACCGCACAACAUCCAAUCAGCUGAGCGCAAGCUCAACUGGCUCAUGUUCGUCACUACGACACUCACUGCCGUCAACAUUCACGCCAUACAACAUCGACAAACCAUUGCCGCCACCUCCAUCAGAAUCCGAGAAGAAACAGCGCACGGCGGCAACAUUGCGAGGUUUUUUCCGACGGCAACUUUCACAUUCGCAAGACUUGUCACACCUCAAACCUGAAGCACAUCCACAACAUCAACGCAACUCGUUCGCUGAAGCUACUCUGAGUGUGGACGCGUAUGACCAUCACCACCAUCAUGUUCGUAGCAUGUCGAGUUCGCCAUUCGAGCACGACCGGAGGGUAGCCCCACCAGAUGCACCUCUUACUCAUUCAGCUGUUGCUACUCUCCCAAAUUCAGAUUACUACCAACCUUAUUCUUUACAGCCUGAGUACCGCCCAUCGCACACUGCAUCUCAACAACGCUCCAUCUCAGUACAUACUUAUUUCGAUGCGCCGCCUCGUGCUCGAACCUUCCCGGAAACCAUCAACUCCAGUCCAAUAACACGGGGCCGAUCACGACCACACACAUGGCUUUCACCCACCGAUCCAUUUACCGACGCGUCACAAUUCCAUCUCUUCGCGGAAGCGACCACCGGCAUCCCGGACAAUUCGGGGACGUUUUCAUCAAACAGUCCGCCUCGCCUUCAAGGUUCUCUCUUCGCACGAACAAAUAGUGAUGUACCUACGUCUCUUCGAAGUUCGUCAGCAUCAAGGACGGAACAGUCUCACGAUAUCACGGACUGGCAGAACUUUGAGAUACCAACAUUUAUACCGCGCUCUACACCUGCAUCAAACCCAAGCCUACAUCGUCCAGAAUUAUUCCAUUCGCAAUCGACUCAACAUAUGAAUGUGGUCAACAGAGAGCUAGAAAUGCUUGGACUGGACGAUGAUGAUACACUACCCAAUGACGAGUUGCCCGAUUACGCGCAGAGCCAGGCUGAACAUAACGCUGGGAAGAGGAUAGAAGCUUUAGCAAGAGCGAGAGAGCUCGAAGCCAGGUGGCAAGGCUCUAGAGCCGGGACAGGUUGA